UUCCUUAUAUGAACAUUCCUAUUUCGAUUGUAUUUUUUCGUGUUGCUUUAUUUUUGCCUUCCUUCGUUCUAGUAGUUCUUUUUGUUCCGGGGAACUUUAACAGCUGCGUUCCUUUUACAUGUUCAUAUCAGCUUAUGCCGAUUGCCUACUCACACAUUUAAAAGCUGCUGUUGCAUUGCCAGGGCUACAACAUAUUCCACCAAGUGCGACAACUGCACCUGUUACGCCGACAUGUAAAUAUGGGCGCAAAGCCGCCUAUAAGAGAAACAACACGCUUGAGGCCAACAUCAAAACAGCUGCAGCAAUUGCAGUCCCUUGCUUACUCCAACAGCAGGCAACGUGCAACGUUUAGCAGUGAUCACGAGCAACUGGUGGAUGAGCUAGAGGGCUGUGAAAUGUCCUUCACCACCGCCAAUUUAGAGGAUGAACUUAAUUUACAUUUGAGUGCAGCACGAAGUCCACAAGAGCUAUUGGAAAUGUUUGCCCAAAGCCAGCUGGAGCUCACAGAUCGCGUGCAAUGCAUCUCUGUGCUCUGGGCACACUAUCAACAGCUGUCAUCCAGCGAGAAGACAGAGCUAACUCUUCAGCUGCAACAGCUAUUGCUUCCCUCCUUGGCAUUCCAUGUACCGUCUAUGAAUAUAGAUCAACUGAGCUGUUGCUAUUUGUAUCUACGCAAGAUGCACGUACCCAACAGUGAUCACACGCUAGAGCGCAUACUCAUGCGCGCUCUAGAAAUUAUAGAGUUGACUGUGGAUAAAGAGUUGGUAGCUUUACCCGCGCUGUCUCGCUUGUUGGUGGCCAUCAAUUUGGAACGGGAUUUCUUCACGCCACUUGUCUGUCGCAAUUUCAUGCCACAUCUGGAGGAGCAUGUGACCAACUGUCAAAGCGAUCAGGACGCACGUCUACUAUCCACCUGCCUAUUUCAGCUACAUUCGCUAAUCGACGCAGAAUUGUUAAACAGAUUCAAGCAACGAGUAUUGGAGCUGCUGCAGUCCGGAACGUUGAGCAGUGAAACACCUAAGACUCUACUCAAAUUGCUGCACAUGCUCAAUCUGUCCAAUUGGUCACAUUUGAAUACUGCCAUAAUACGGCAGUUGUUGCUGACGCUGCGCAACUGUGUACCCGAGCUCGAGUCGAAUGAUCUGAAGAUUGUUUGUCGCACAUUUCUGCAUCAUCAGGAACCGGCGGCUCUCGUGGAACCGCUGAAGCAGGCAACAACUGCUCUGCUGCAGCAGGAGCCAACGGCCGAUGUAUUAUCCUGCGCAGUACCAUUUGGCUCACUGCAGCAACGCGAUGAUUAUAUGCAGCAAUUCCGUCAACUACUUCAAUCCAAAUCGGCUUGGCAACUGCCCAAUGCCAGUGGCCAUUUGUUCAGUGUGCUGCGUGCUCUGAAGAUUGCGGAUGUGCGCUAUUGCGAUGCCUAUUGGUCAGCGGUGGCAGCUGAGCUGCCAUCCUGUGCCAAAGACCUGACACAUUUGCGUUUCCUACGCGACUGCCAGCGGUACAUGAACUUUAACAACAAUCUGGGCGGCACCUAUCGGCAUCAGGAAGUGGAACGUAAGCUGAGUCGCCUGUGCAUUCAGGCCAUUGAGCAGGAUGUAGCAGGCAGAUUGCCCACGAAAUUUGCCCGUUUGGCCGCCUUUGUUCUCGGCUAUGGCCAAACGCCGUUUGCCUGGAAGAAAUUUCCCAACGUUCUGCUCAGCAAAAUGUUAGCCAUGGCACCACAGUUCGAUAUACAGGAUUGUUUUCUGCUCAGUCGUGGCGUGCAGAUCGCUUGCGAACUGCGCUUCCGUCAGCAUGUGCCACACCUGCUGGCCAUGCAGCUGGACACCAUGGACAGCAUCCUGAUUGCCUGUGCCGAGCGCCAUUUGAGCAACAGCGAAGAACAGCCCCUCAAUGCCAGUGAUCUAAGCAUCCUCGUGCGCACGCUCAGCCAUCGCAAAACUCUGAAGAACACACAGGUGUAUAACCAAGCGCUAGCACAUUAUAAGUCUCUCAAUUGCAACGAUCUCAAUUCGCGCGUUGUACGCGAGAUGGCAUACAAUUUCAAUGCCUCGCACUAUUUUGUGCCCGAACUGUUGGAGUCCAUGUUCGAAUAUGUGACACAGCAGCACGAGCAUAUUACAGGCGACACCGUCGAGAAGGUGCUCACCUGUGCCUACAAUCUGGGCUAUACGCCUGCUUCGCUGGAGGCAUUAGACUAUGCUGCUUUGGUCUUAAUACGCGACUUUGAUCACAUGAGCGGUUUAUCCUUGGUGCAAUCAUGCCUUGCUCUUUGCUUCUACAAGUCAAUACCCGAGCAGCUAAUCAAUCAGGUGUUCUGCGUGAAGUUUAUCCAGCGCAUCGAGGAUGAGAUCCAGAUCUGUUACUCCAAGGCCACAUAUCCUGGUAUGGUGUUGAAUCGUGUGAUGCAGCUGAAUCGUACCGUUUGCCUGGAUUUACCUGAAGCAAACGUGCCCUGGUUUCAGCAGAACUAUGUCGAGGCGCAGCUCAGCAAGAAACACUUUGUGCCGAGCGCGUUUAAUGCCGAUGUAAAGCAUCUGCUACACGAUCUACUUAAGGAUGAAAACUAUUUUCGCUGCAAUCAUACAACGCCCUAUGGCUAUCAAAUAGACUUUGUGAUACACUUUGAUAAGGACAAACGACCCGUGCGAACGCCUGCCGUUGAGGCAACCAUGCUGGACCGCAUUACUAAAGUUGCCAUUUUGCUGCUCAAACUAGACUCCUUCUGUGAGAAUGAUCUGACAGCAUUGCGCGGACCCGAAUCUUUAAAGAUCAAACACCUGGAAAUGAUGGGUUAUAAGGUGCUGCACAUAAACGAACACGAUUGGAACUCCAAGUAUAUGAAUGCGCCAGGCGCCAAGGCAAACUAUUUGAAAUGCCUACUGCAAAUUUCACAUUAGAAUUAAAAAUUAAUUAGUUAAUUUGCUAAGACACUUAUCACCAUUAGGACUUACGUUUAA